UUGUGUCUUAUUUUUAUAGACUAGAAAUGUUCAAGAUAACUUCACCGAAUACUCAGCAGUAACUCUAAGCAAAUUGGAAACUUUAGCAAGGCAAAGCAGAGAUACUGUUUUAGCUGCAGAAGCACAAAUUACUGCCUAUCGUUCAAAGGCUCAAGCUCUAUCGCAAAGACUGAGAGAUACGGAAGAGUUGCUAAGCGAAAGUCUACGUGACUGUUUGGGCGUGAGAAACGAAUUAACGAAAUUACAAAUCUCGAGAGGGCCAACAGACGAAGACGAUGCGUGUCGGACAUUCCUUAGGACGAUGAAUCUCAGGGAUGCAGAUAAACCAAAAUCUGCAGACAAGGCUUUUUUCCGCACAAUUGAUUUUGAUGGCAAUGAGACUGCCGUCAAGAAGGUACCUUUUCGCCAAACUUCUCCGAGAAGGCCGGAGGGUCCGUUUGAAUGCAUGUUUUGCAGACAAGGAUCAGAUCACAAGCAGUGUGUAGAGAAAAUAGGAGAGUUAAAUGCUACUAUUAGAAAAUUAAAAGUAGAAAUCAAAACUUCAGAAAAGGAUGCCAAAAAUGAAAAGAAAGUUGCCCUAGCCAACAAAGAGGGGGCUGAAAAAGCUUAUUUAGAGUUAGAAAGUGAAAAACAAUGUGCCAAGGGAACUAUUGCAGCUUUAGAGUCUAAAAAUGCAUCACUCUUAGAGGAGCUGAAAAUGCUAAGGAACAGACUAAAAAAUAUGGAGCGAUAUCGUCGAUGUGAAAUAGAAGGACUUCAAACUGACAUUAAAAAUCUCAAGACAAAGAUUAAAGACUUAGAGAAACAAUUAACUCGAGCCGUACUUAUAUUUGAAAAUGGCCAGAAAGAUAUGGAAUUGUUAAAAACAGUGCACACCACUGCUCAGCAAUCAAAGUCUACUGUGGUAGCUAUUAAACGCUUGAAAGCCCAACUAUAUGGUAUUGAAACUGACAUUAAACGACUCUGACGUAUCUUGUGACAAGGUUACAUUUUAUUAUUUUUAUUUUUAACCGACUUUUCAUCUAUGUAUUGGUGAAUUAUAUGUGUCAUUGUAAAAUAUCAUAAAUCAAUCAAGAUGUAAAUAUUUAAUGAUCUGAUGUUAAAUUUAUUUAUGUGA